GCACAACAGAUAUGUAAAGUCCCUCCUCUCUUUUUUACAAAUGUCAUUCCCAGAAGUGAACAGCUUGUUGUGAGUACAUGCACAGACUGUCUUACGAGCGCUUUUUAAGACACUAUGAUACGUGAGGGGCUGCUGCUGUUUGUUCUGAUAACACGGGCUGCUGCAGGUACAGGAGGAUGUCGGGCACCCGAUGGCAAGGAUGGGUUGCCAGGUGCACCAGGACAACCAGGAAGAAAUGGAAGACCUGGACAAGAUGGUGACACAGGGGAGCCAGGCAUAUACACUGGCAUUCGUGGUGAGCCAGGAGUCAAGGGGCAACGGGGGAAUCCAGGGCACCCAGGAAAAAAUGGCCCCAAAGGAUAUGUAGGUCCAGCAGGGCCCAGAGGUUCACCAGGCAAUCCUGGACUCCAAGGACAGAAGGGAGAAUCGGGGCAAGGGGGUGGUCUACAGGGGACAGAAAGACCUGCCUUCUCUGUCAUCAAAAACACAACCAAUGACCCUUUUCCUGAAAGGCCAAUCAUGUUUGACAAGGUUAUCACCAACGAGGGAGAAUGUUUCCGUGUUGAUCUGGGAAAGUUUCACUGUUGUAAAGGUGGCUGGUAUUUCUUCACCUACAACAUGGUCUCUGAAGGAAAACUUUGUGUUAACAUCAUGAAAAACAGCAGAAAGACAGUUGGAAUCUGCGACACUCAUGGAAGCAAAACUAACUGGCAAAAGAAUCAAAUGAAUUCAGGUGGGACAGUACUGAAGCUGAGAAAGGGAGAUGAGGUUUGGCUUCAAACCACACCAGGUUACAAUAAUGUUUUUGGCUCAAAUGAAGUCAACAGUGUCUUUUCUGGGUUCCUUCUCUUUCCAGAGAAUUAAUGUUUAAAACUACAUUAAUAUGUCUGCUCACCUUAAUUACUCACUUUGACCUGUAACCCUUGCUCACUGCUGGGAUCCAUUAUAUCAAUACCCAUAAAAAUGAAGAAAACAUAAGAUUACAUUCGAAAAGCCAUUAGAAUUGUCCAAAAAAAUGGGCUUAACAUCAAUCAUUCCCUCUCUCAAAUAUCCACACUUGUCAAACAUUUUCAGUUUCCAUUAUCUGACUGCCAAUUCUAUGUUCAUUAUAAACUAUUAUGGCCACAAGUGACAUCUAAUCAUUGGAACAACAUGAAUCUACCAGUUAAAAUUGAAGCCAACUACUAUGAAUGCUGGAGACACUGUUCCCCUCUCCCCAUUCACAGAGACACCAUUCCCCUCUCCCCCUUCACAGAGACACCAUUCCCCUCUCCCCCUUCACAGAGAUACCAUUCCCCUCUAUCCCCAUUCACAGAUAUACCAUUGUCUGUCCCAUUGUCCACACGGAGACAGUGAUCCAUUGCUCUGACAGACACCCUCCAUUUCAUUUCCAGUUGGAAUUGUAGUUCAAGUCGCCAAUCUUUGUCUCCUUCUUUACUUCUUAUGCACUUUAAGAGCCACUUUGCAAUUCACAACAUGAAUACUGUUUCUGCUCCUUCCAAGGCUGCACACAGAUAUACUGUAUAAGACAGACAAUGCUAGCAGACUCUGUUACUGGGACAUCACGACUACUUAUGAACAAUCCAAACAUUCAUGAAAAUGCUGCAGAUAAUAGGACACACAAUGUGAGAAAUAACUUUGAUUUUACAUCAGUUCUCUAGUUAUAAAUUCCCAUGUCAAUAUUUUAUGGAAUUUAUUAGUAAGGAUCACAAAUUGUAUAUUUGUACUUGCCACGAGCAAUCUGUGUUAAUGAUACUUCCUGUAAAACAGCUACUAUAAUUUAUAUAAUCACUAGCUAACAUUUCCAGGUCAUUCUGCAAUUCACACUCCAAUAUGCUGAAAAGUUAGACUAACACUUUGUAUUGGAACUAAUUCCUGAAAUCUGCUCUCAGAGAUUUUUGUUGGUUACAUUGGGGAUAAAUGCUUUUCUGUAUUUGUAUAACAUGUGUUUAUUCAUUCCUUUCAUAAUAAAAUAAAUGAGAAUUUCCCAAUAAA